GAGUCUAGAUAUCUUAAAUGAUCGUUAGGCACUAAACCCUCAGGGGUUGGCCUGGUGGCAAUUCACUUGAGCCUUGGGGUGCUCCCUUUCAAGGUCUCAAGUUCGAAACCCGCUGGGUGCAAACAAUUUCUGAGGGCCAUCGGACUAGGGAAACCCUGAAUUACCCGUGGUGCACUUGCGGGAAACUCCUUGCCGAGGGCCUGUGCACCCCCAGGAUUAGUCGGGGCUCAAAGAGACUCGGACACCCGGCGCUAAUCAAAAAAUGAUCGUUAGGCACCAGACUCACAUAUAAUCUUAUUUGAGCAUUAUUCCUCUUAAAUGGCACUAGAUUUGCAUUGCAUAUAGUCUUUCUUCUACUUAUUUUGAAACACUUACUAUCGAUACUUUGAAGGGGAGCCUUGGCGUAACUGGUAAAUUUGCUGCCAUGUGACCAGGAGGUCCUGGGUUCAAGCCAUGGAAACAACCUCUUGCUAAAAUGCAAGGCAAGGCUGCGUACAAUAGUUCUUUGUGGUCUGGCCCUUCCCCGGACCCUGCGCAUAGCGGGAGCUUAGUGCACCGGGCUGCCCCUUUUUACUAUCGAUACUUAUUCUAGAAUCGUUACUAUCUAAAUUUUCUCUAAGAUUCCUACUUUUGAUGUACUUCCUAACUUAUUUCAUCAAUUAAAACAAUAUCGUCUAUAGCAUGCAUCAUGAAACCUCAUUCUAAGGAAAUUCCGGUACACCGGUGUAGAUUAUCAGCGAGGAGUUCAUUUUUUAAGAAUGUGUUUAGUGGGAAAGAGAGGAAAACGGAGGUAUUAUUGAAGGAAUUGAUGAAAGAGUGUGUUGAAGUGAGUUAUGAUGGUGUUGUGAAUGUGUUGGCUUAUUUGUAUAGUGGGAAAGUAAGGGAGUUACCUAAAGAUUUGUGUGUUUGUGUGGACAAUGAGUGUUUUCAUGUAGCUUGUAGACCAGCUGUGGGUUUCUUGGUUGAGGUUUUGUAUGCUUCUUUUACCUUUCAGAUCUCUGAAUUGGUCUACAAGUUUCAGAGACACCUAUUGGAUAUUCUUGACAAAGCUGCAGCAGACGAUGUAAUGAUGGUUUUAUCUGUUGCAAACAUUUGCGGUAAAGCAUGUGAGAGAUUGCUUUCAAGCUGUGUUGAUAUUAUUGUCAAGUCUAAUGUUGAUAUCAUAACCCUUGAUAAGGCCUUGCCUCAUGACAUCGUAAAACAAAUUACUGAUUCACGCACUGAACUUGGUCUACAAGGGCCUGAAAGCAAUGAUUUUCCUGAGAAACAUAUUAAGAGGAUACAUAGGGCAUUGGACUCUGAUGAUGUCGAAUUACUAAGGAUGUUGCUAAAAGAGGGGCAUACUACUCUUGAUGAUGCAUAUGCUCUUCACUAUGCUGUAGCAUAUUGCGAUGCAAAGACUACAGCAGAACUUUUAGAUCUUGCACUUGCUGAUGUUAAUCAUCGAAAUCGUAGAGGAUACACGGUACUUCAUGUUGCUGCAAUGAGGAAAGAGCCUAAAAUUAUAGUGUCCCUUUUAACCAAAGGAGCUAGACCUUCUGAUCUGACAUCAGAUGGCAGAAAAGCACUUCAAAUUGCCAAGAGGCUUACUAGGCUUGUGGAUUUUACUAAGCCUACGGAGGAAGGAAAAUCCGCUCCUAAGGAUCGGUUAUGUAUUGAGAUUCUGGAGCAAGCAGAAAGAAGAGAUCCACUACUAGGAGAAGCUUCAUUAUCUCUUGCUAUGGCAGGCGAUGAUUUGCGUAUGAAGCUAUUAUACCUUGAAAAUAGAGUUGGUCUGGCUAAACUCCUUUUCCCCAUGGAAGCAAAAGUUGCAAUGGACAUUGCUCAAGUUGAUGGCACGUCUGAGUUCCCACUGGCUAGCAUUGGCAAGAACAUGGCUAAUGCACAGAGGACUACAGUGGAUCUGAACGAGGCUCCUUUUAAGAUAAAAGAGGAGCACUUGAAUCGGCUUAAGGCGCUCUCUAGAACUGUGGAACUUGGAAAGCGCUUCUUUCCACGUUGUUCAGAAGUUCUAAAUAAGAUCAUGGAUGCUGAUGACUUGUCGGAGAUAGCUUACAUGGGAAAUGAUACGCCGGAAGAGCGACAACUGAAGAAGCAAAGGUACUUGGAACUUCAGGAAAUUCUGACUAAAGCAUUCACCGAGGAUAAAGAAGAAUUUGCUAAGACUAACAACCUCUCCUCAUCUUGUUCUUCUACAUCUAAGGGAGUAGAUAAGCCCAAUAAGAGCCCUUUUAGGAAAUAGUUUUUGUAUUACUUAGGAGAUAAUAGAAAGAAGAGAAUUUCCUUGUAACAUAGUACUCUUUCUUUCCUUUCAUCAUUUGAUGUGUCAACAUACAUACAACACCUGUACCAUAAACUUGUAUUUUAUUUGCGACUCUGAAUAAGAGAAUUUUAUUUGAUUGGGUUCUACUGUUAUUACAA